AAAAAUUCUCUUAUCUCGUAUUGUAUUUAGAAGUUUGGAGGUUAAUAUUAAAUAUAAUCUUGAAAAAUAGUUCAGUAUCAAAUACGAGCUCACACCGGUGAAAUGAGUUUUAAGGAUAAAGUAGUAAUAGUGACGGGCGCUAGUUCCGGUAUAGGGGCAGCGGCUGCGGUCGCGUUCAGUGCUGCUGGUGCGCGUGUCGUCAUGGUUGGCCGUGACAAUACGAGGCUCAAUGCUGUGGCCGCGAAGUGCACCAACCCUCUGGUAAUCAUCGCUGAUGUUUCCAAAGAUAACGACGUUAAACGUAUAGUAUAUGAAACAAUAAAGAAGUUCGGCCAAAUAGACGUCCUUGUUAACAACGCCGGCUUUACGAACCAAGCUGGCUCUCUUCUACAAGGAGAUAUGAUGAAGUCUUACGACCCAAUUAUGAGCGUAAACAUUCGUGCUGCCGUUUACUUGACUAACUUGGCUGCGCCGCAUCUGGUGAAGACUAAGGGAAACGUUGUUAAUAUUUCCAGUAUCGCUGGUAAUAUGCCCUCAAUGUCGCCGUUGGCCAUAAGCUACUGCGUUUCCAAAGCCGCGUUGAACCACUUCACUAUUUGUGCUGCUACAGAAUUGGGGCCCCACGGUGUGAGAGUGAACGGGAUCUGUCCGGGACCGGUCAGAACCGACUUUUUAGCGAACGCUAAAUUCCCUACCACAUGGGAUAAUAUGUCGAAGAUGACGCUACUCGAUAGAGUCAGUGAAGCGAAUGAAGUAGCAGAUCUGAUUAUGUACCUGGCAAGUGAUAAAGCCAAGUCGAUCACAGGAUCCAACCACGUCUUAGACUGCGGCACAAUGCUUAAACGUGUUUAAAUAAAAAUAUAUUACCUA